AUGUCGUCUCAGGACGAAUAUUCCUCGUCUAGCGACACGGGGGAGGGCGGAAAUGUCAUCGAUAGGAACAGCCUCAACUGUUCGGCCGACUAUGGCUACAAAUCUAGCAGCGACGCCUCUAAUUACUCUAUAACUGACGAUGUACGCUCUGAAGAGCCUCCAUCUUCAGGAGACGGAGCACAAUCCAUCAUUGCACGGGCUUACCAACUAGAGAUGUUUCAAGCUAGCAUGCAGCAGAACAUCAUUGUCUCUAUGGGUACUGGCACUGGGAAAACUCAAGUUGCUGUGCUUCGAAUUCGAGCAGAACUCGAACGUACGAUACCAGAAAAGCGUGUUUGGUUCCUCGCUCCAACUGUUGCCCUUUGCGCGCAGCAGUAUGAGGUUAUCCGCUCACAAAUCAAAGUUGCCAAUUCAAUCGUUAUAACGGGUGAUGAUAAUGUCGAUUCCUGGUCAGACGUCCAGACUUGGCAUGCUGUCUUGGACAAUGUGCGAGUGGUGGUCUGUACUUACAGGAUAUUGUUCGAUGCUUUGAGCCAUGCUUUUGUCAAUAUGGAUUCCAUUUCACUCCUGGUUCUGGACGAAGCCCACAACUGCACCGGCAGAUUCCCUGGGCGUCUGAUAAUGACAGAGUUCUACCUGCCGCGCAAGUCCGCAGGAGAUUAUGUUCCUCACAUCCUGGGACUUACCGCAAGCCCAGUCAUGAGAUCGGACCUAUCGUCGAUGGAAGAUCUGGAGAGUUCACUGGACUCGGUCUGCCGUGGUCCCACCCUGCAGAGGGAGGAGCUUUUCGCCAACGUCCACCAGCCAACAAUGACGGUAGCCACUUACAAGGAGCGCGAUUUGAAGUCGCCAGCUCUAUAUACCCGGAAUAUGAAAAAUCUCUAUCUAGCAUUCGCCAAUCUCGACAUAGCCGAGGACCCAUACGUCCUUCAUCUUAUGGCGCAAAGAACCCCGAGAAGCCUGAGGGAGUUGGAUAGGGUCUUGAACAAGCUCGACACAUACACCCAAAAUCAAAUGAGGGCUCUGCAACGAAGGAGCUCAUCCCUGUUCCGUGAACUAGGGCAGUGGGCUGUCGACAGCUAUAUCUACAAUGUUGUUCAGAAAGUUUCUAACUUGAAUGCUCAAAUCAAUUGGCUGGGAGGCUGGCUUGGCGACGAACGAAUAUAUCUCCAUCGGGCGAUUCAAGAGAUCAACGCGCUACCGGUGACCACACCAGCACCAGCACCUGAAAUGACUUCCAAUAAACUUCAGGUCCUCCUUCGGAUUCUGCGCGGGUGUGAGGGUUCGCCGGUUGGAAUAAUAUUUGUCAAAGAGCGAGCCACCGCAGGGAUCCUAUCCCAGCUGUUGGCAACUAUUCCGGACAUAAACGCACGGUAUAAUGUCGGCUGCAUGGUUGGGACAUCCAGAUACGUAUCCAGGAAAAAGAACAUACACGAAGUCCUGCAGCAGGGAGACGAUUUGCUAUCCCUAGAGAAGUUUCGUUCCGGGGCCAUCAACCUUCUCGUGGCGACCAGCGUUUUAGAAGAGGGUAUCGACGUGCCCGCUUGCAGCCUUGUCAUAUGUUUUGAUAUGCCUGCAAAUCUGAAGUCAUUUAUACAGCGAAGAGGUCGUGCUCGGAUGCGAGAGUCCAAGCUUUAUCUGCUGGUCGAGGAGGAUUCGCAGGGGUCGGUUAAAGAUUGGGGAGAAUUGGAGGCAGCGAUGAAACAGCGAUAUGAAGACGAUAUGCGGGAACUGGACCAUCUCGCUCAGGUGGAGGAGGAUGACGAAAUGGACGUGCCUCCGCUGCGUUCAAAGACGACAACAGCAAAAGUCACAGUCGACGAGGCCAAGGGCCACCUGGAACAUUUUUGCCGUGUUGUCACCGGCUCCCAGCAGUAUGUCGACGCAUCGCCAGAGUACUUGGUCUCAACAAAGACUACGGUGUUCGUUGGCGGUAAGCCCACUCCGGUCCUAGGUGUGACUGUGCUUUUGCCUGCCGCCCUGCCACCGGAUUUGAGAGAGGCCCGCAGCUCCCGGGACUGGAUCUCAGAGCGUAAUGCAAAGAAAGACGCUGCCUUGCAAGCUUACAAGAUGCUUUACGAAGCCGGACUGAUAAACGAACAUCUUCUUCCUAUCCGGGAGUCUGAUUUUGAUGAUAGAGGGGUGGAUGGGAGACCUAAUCUUGUUGAGGUACAGGAACAGUGGAAUCCCUGGCCGUCCAUUGCCGAGGCAUGGGGGCCUGGAUCUUCCAGCCCAGCCGUCCAACGUCGACGCCUGCAACUUACCGACCAAGACGGCAUGUUGAUGGGAGAGCUUGACGCGCUGCUUCCUGUACCUUUCCCGCCAAUAUCAUUUCUAAAGUUAUACUGGAUUCAGCACUCGGAGCACCCGUGGACUGUCAGCUUUGAUCCAUACCCGACCGCCUCAGGACCCAGUAUCACAGAUCCUGCGCUCGAAAUCCAGCAGGCCUUGGACCAAACCCAGAUUCUCCUAGACAUGGCUUUCGGCCAUCGUUUCUCUGUUACUGAGCAAAGUAAAGCAUUUCGAUUUAUUUGGCCCAACAGGACCUUGAAGCUUCAGAUGAUAGGUGGUCAGCCGUUCUCACGAGAGGUGGGAGAGGCUCACGGCAGUGAUUACAUUCUCAGAAGCUCUGGACGGGAUCCAUACAUAUACAAGUCGUGGGUCCCAGUAAAACCACCACUAAACCAUGUGCGAGGAUGCUGGAAGGCAAAACCAGACCAAGAAGAACCACCAGCGGACGCUCCUUGGGUGGCUGUGAAGAAGUUACCCAAGAACUACGGCUUCGUCAAGAACUCGCAGGUGCCCAUGGAACUGCCCAAGGAACAGCAGGCCGCAAGCCAGGAGAGGUUUGACUACAUAAUACCCGAGCACUUGUGUACAUUCGAUACUGUCCCGGCGACUUUGGUCCAGCUUGCUAUGCUUGUUCCAUCGAUCACUCAGACCAUGAAGCCUUAUUUUGUCGCACAAGGACUGCUUCAGCAGACGGUACUGGGUUCUCUGGAUUUUCAAGAUAUUGACCUUGUUGUGACAGCGAUUACUGCGUCCAGCGUGGGAGAGCUGACCAACUAUGAACGAUUCGAGUUUUUGGGUGAUGCCGUAUUGAAGCUUGCAGCGGCAGUGACAUGCGCGACGAACAAUUUGCGCUUUCCCGAAGGCUAUCUCAGCCUACUGAAGGACAGGCUUGUCUCAAACUCCCGGCUAUGCAAAGCGGCCAUGGCCUUGGGCCUAGAUCGGUUCAUCAUAACACAACAGCACAGUCUGAAGCAAUGGAGAAAUAUGCUGACGACUCCUGAGCCACCAAACGACAAGAGGAAAAUGUCGACCAAGACUCUCGCUGACGUAAUAGAAUCUCUUAUCGGAGCGGCUUAUGUCGAUGGCGGUAUGGGCAAGGCGCUCCGCUGCAUUUCUUUGAUGAUCCCUAACGAGCGUUGGAGAAGUCUUGACGAAAGUCGUGUGGUUCUGUACCAAGCAGCGCUCAACGAUGUUCCCCUGCCAUCAACUCUGGAGCCGUUGGAGGAACUACUGGGCUACAGCUUUAACAAGAAGUCGCUACUCGUUGAAGCCGUCACACAUGCGUCAUACAACAUUCCCGGUUCAGCGGGCAGCACCCUUGAGCGACUAGAGUUCUUGGGAGACAGCGUGCUUGAUUUUGUUGUGGUAUCACGGCUGUUUUCAGUCAAGGACCCUGCCCCCAUUGAGCACUAUAACAUGCAUUUACUACGCACCGCAGUUGUCAAUGGCGAAUUCUUGGGCUUCCUGGCCAUGGAGUGGCGGACAGCAGCGAGUCAAAGAUCAGUAGUUGUCAAAACCAGCCAAGGGGCAGCCGACAAACUCGAAACGGUCGAAACCCCAGGCCUGCCGCUCUUCGGCUUCCUACGACACAACGCGUCGGGGGAUUGGGUCCGCGACCAGCGGAUGGCAGAAGAGCGGCACGUCGAGAUGGCGCCGGGCAUCAGGGAUGCGCUGGAGCACGGGAAGCGGUAUCCGUGGGAUCUGCUGGCGCGACUGCGCAUAAGCAAGGUCCACUCGGACGUGCUUGAGGCGGUCAUAGGUGCUGUCUGGGUCGACUCGGGGUCUCUGGAGGAAUGCGAGAAGCUCAUCGAGCGUGCAGGGAUACUACGGUACCUGGACCGGGCACUCAGGGACAAGGUCAAGAUCUUGCACCCCAAAGAGGAGCUGGGCAGGGUGGCACAGAACAACAAAGUCGACUACAAGGUCAACAAGGCCAAACGGGCCGCCACACCUAUGGUGGGCGAAGUCCCUGGGGAACUGGCAGAGGUGGAAGGUGUCGAGUUCCUCUGCAGCGUCACUGUUGGUGAUAGGUGCGUUGCACGCGUUGACGGAGCUGUCAGCAAGAACGAAGCCAUGACCAAGGCUGCGCUGGAGGCUAUUCGGCUGUGGGAAGAGGCGGGUCGAUCGUGGGAUAAUGUUGGGGUCGUUUUGUAG